AUGAGAUAUACUUGGCGGUCAAUUGUUGCCAUUACAUUAUUCAUUGAUGUUGGUGCGGUAUGUGAGGAAGUACCUAUUUCUACCAAUUAUACGGCUCUUCUCAUUGAAACAGUCAAAAAAUUUCAGCUACGAGGACGCCUGUUUGCUUUACACAUUUCAUAUAUUAUAUUGGGAUUUUUAUCGGUUUUAUUUACGUUUGGUCUAUCAAUAGUGCUACUUUCCGAACAUCACUGGUGCAAAAAGAACGAAGAAGAAGAUGUAAAAACGAUGGAACUCGUGCCGCAUGACAUUUUCGAAGUACAUUAUCCAAAUACCUAG